GUGUCAAAUGUCAAGACAAGACAAGACAAGAGACAUACUGUUAGUCCAUUCCCUGUGCUCUCUAUCGACACGUAAUAAGUGUUGACAAAAGUGUUGGCAUUUAAAGCAUUUAAUGCAUGAAUACAUUGAAGACAUGAAUUGCAUGUUAUCUGUAAUGACGUGUAGAUAGUGUUUGUGUCUUCAGAUAGACAUUGAAUGGUUAAUAAAGAGAUUACCAUUUAAUUACUUAUUCACUUCAAAUUGUUUUAAAGAGUUAACCACUGAUUGUGUUGUUGUCCAGACAUGUAUUUAAACAAAUGUUUCGCCACUUUAUUGGUCUUUUUAUGGACAUUGUGUUCAACUAAACUCUUUGGUCAACAAUUAUCAUAUGAUUUGCCUCACAAGAGAUUUGAAUACAAAUAUUCAUUUAAAGGUCCAUAUUUGGCACAAAAGGAUGGAACAGUUCCCUUCUGGGCUUAUGAUGGCAAUGCUAUAGCAUCUGAAGAGAUGGUCAGAAUCACACCAUCUCUGCGAAGCAAAAAGGGAUCUGUUUGGACAAAGACUAAGACAUCGUUUGAGUGGUGGGAAGUGGAGCUUAUAUUUAGAGUUAACGGCAGAGGAAGACUCGGAGCCGAUGGUCUCGCCUUUUGGUUUACCGACGAGAGAGCAACCGAGGGACCGGUGUUCGGUUCGGCGGACAACUGGAAGGGUUUGGCGCUUCUCUUUGACUCAUUUGAUAACGACAACAAAGGCAACAAUCCAUACAUUAUGGCGAUGAUUAACGACGGAUCCAAAAGUUAUGACCAUCAGAGUGAUGGCAUAAAUCAACAAUUAGCCGGUUGUUUGCGAGACUUCCGUAAUAAACCGUUUCCAGUUCGCGCAAAGAUUGAGUACUAUAAGAAUGUGUUGGCCGUUAUGUUUCAUUCGGGAAAUACCAAUAAUGAAGAUGAAUAUGAGCUUUGUUUAAGAGCUGAGAACAUAUUUUUGCCACAAUUCGGCUAUUUUGGAGUGUCUGCCGCUACCGGAGGACUCGCUGAUGAUCACGACGUACUCAAGUUUUUGACAUACAGUCUUCAUGUUCCUGGAACUGAACCAAAGCCAGCGCCUGGUAUUGCAGACUCAGAAAAAGAGAGGUUUGCGCGAGAAUAUGAAGAAUAUAAGCAUAAGUUAGAUCAACAAAAGGAAGAGUACUUGAAAUCACAUCCCGAAGAAGCAAAACGACUACAAAAUGAGGGCAAUGCUCCUGAAGAAGAGUAUGAUUUUGGAACCCGAGAAUUGCAACAAAUAUUUGAAGGACAGAGUCAAGUGUUUGAAUCCGUCAAACAUUUGAAUCGAAAACUCGAUGAAAUUGUUGGCCGACAAGAAAGAGUAUUAUCGAUGUUGAGUGCCGUCCAGUCGGGCGCCGCUCCCAUUCAGGCUAACCAACAGUAUGCCGGAGGAGCGCCUCAGUUACCAUUAAACAGACAUGAAGUGGAAGCUCUUCUGGGAAAUCAACGAGAAGUAGUUCAAACAUCACGAGAAUUGAAGACAUUAUUAAUACAACAACAACAGCAACAGCCGUCUGCUGUCCCUCAAAAUGGUCAGCAAACUGCACAAUACAACCAACAAAUGCAACAAUCACUCACUGAAGUUCGUGAUGGCAUUAAUGGACUUAAUAGGGAAUUAUCGUCAUUAGGCAACAGAAUCGAUACGAGAGCAUCGGCUGCUGUUGGCUGUCCACCCGUACCCUCGUGUUUGUCUUCAUUUUCCUUUUUUAUAGCAAUUUCCAUACAUUUGAUUAUUAUUAUGGCUUAUAUGUUAUAUAAAGCCAGCAGAGAAUCAGCCGCUAAAAAAUUUUAUUAAAUUGUCUCUCUAUUU